AUGAGGAUGACACCGAGUAUCAUUCGGAACGGGAAGAUGCAUCAUCAUCCGAAGCAACCGACGCGGAAACCCGCCCAGCCAAGCGCCGCAAAACACAACCACCACGACGCCCAAAACCCAGCCUACCACCACCCCACGCUCCUCACCACCCCCCACACCCGCGCAUCCCUCCUAACCUGGUUCACAACCGCCAUCCCCAACCGACCCAUGCCCUGGCGCAAGCCCUUCGCCCCGCCCGCAUCCCUCACCCGCGCCCAGCUCGCCCGCCGCGCCUACGAGGUCUGGAUCUCCGAGGUCAUGCUGCAGCAGACGCGUGUCGCGACGGUGGUGGCGUACUGGACCCGCUGGAUGGCGCGCUGGCCCGGGGUGAAGGAGUUGGCGGGCGCGACGGAGGAGGAGGUUUUGAGCGGGUGGCAGGGGUUGGGGUAUUAUUCGAGGGCGAGGAGGGUUUGGGAGGCGGCGAGGGUGGUUUGUGCGGCCGAGGAGGAUGGGGAUGGGGUGGGGGUGUUGCCGGGCACGGUGGAGGGGUUGAUGCGCUUGCCGGGGGUGGGGAGGUAUACGGCGGGCGCGGUGGCCGCGAUUGUGUUUGGGGUGGCCGCGCCGAUGGUGGAUGGGAAUGUGUUAAGGGUGUUGAGCCGGCAGAUGGGGGUGUUGGGGGAUGUGAAGGGAGAUAAGAGGGUGGUGGAUUUGUUGUGGGAGGCCGCGGGGGAUUUGGCCAGGGCUGUGGCUGGGGAUGGAGACGACGGGGAGGCGUUGAUGGAGUUGGGCAGUACGGUUUGCACGCCGAAGCCCAAUUGCGCGGCGUGUCCCAUCACCGAGACUUGUAGGGCUUAUGCCGAGGGCCUUGCUUUGGCAGAGGGGAGGCGUGAUGGUGGGGCAUUGACGGAUAUCGAGGAUCUCUGCGCUCUCUGUGGCCCCUUUGAAGAGGCGGCUUCUGAUGGGGAUGAUGGAGGGUUGGCAACAGAGAAGGAGACGCGACCGAGCAAGGGGGAUGGGAAAUUGUCCCGUUUCUUUGCGGCCACCAAGGCCGCCAAACAGCCUACCGUUACGGCUGAAGAGUUGGAUGCUCGCACCCUAGCAGCCGUUGUGGAUCACGCGAGAAAGUUCCCACUCAAAAAGCCAAAGAAGAAGGUCCGCGAGGAAGAAACAUUGGUGUGCGCUCUCCGCCGCUCCGACGGGCGGUAUCUUAUCCACAAGAGGCCGGACAAUGGACUGUUGGGGGGGUUAUGGGAGCUCCCCAGUCACACGUUACCGGCAUCAAAUGACAGCACGGCCAAAGCACGGAAAACGAAGGCGAUAGCUUAUGUUGCGGAUGUGGUUGGGGAUGUGGGACGGAAAGGUUCCCGUUCACCGCUGAAGCACGUCGCAGAACUUGCGAGCGUACCCUGGUUGUUUUCACACCUGAAGCUGACGAUGCAUGCCCACCUCUUUGAGAUGGAUGGUGUAGGGUCGCUGCCGGAGCUGGGCCCGCGGGAGCAAUGGGCCUCCGUGGAAGAAAUUGACGCCGAGUCUAUGGGCACCGGUAUGAAGAAGUGCUGGUCACUUGUCAAGGAAAGGAUAGUCUAG